UUGCGCUCGCUGCUCGCACAAGCAGGCACUGGGAGUCGGGAUGUUAAACUAGGGAGACAAAGCUGUAUCAAAAAAGAAAAGAAAAAAAACCUAGGGAGACGAAGAAUUCAACCAUCUUCCACAUUCCACAUUAUGGGCUCAUCAGAAUCCACGCUAUCAAGCUCACAGCAAGUGGAUCAGAUUACUACGGUGACAGAAAAACCAGAGGACGGUGUUGAUCCUCUCUUAGAACAGCUUAGAUCUCUUAAAAUCACAACCCCAAUUCUAACUUCGAUACCAACAGAAAAUAGCUUCACUGAUAUUCUCGUCAGGAAACCCUAUCCGUCUUCUGCUCCAGGCACUCUAAAUCCCAAGGUGCUGCUCGAGUUGUUCUCUAUGUAUCGUGAUUGGCAGGAGAGGAAGACUAAAACAAUUAGCCAGAGACAGGAGGAUAUUGAAAAUAAAAUAGAAGUUGCAGAUGCUCUGGCGGUUAAGCUACUUCAACGUUUUAAUUACUCGGUAUCAGCUAUGAGAACAACUGCCCACCAUCUUUCAGGAGUCCACCCGUUGCAAGUUGAAGUUGGUGAGCUGAAAGGAAGACUGACUGAAGUGAUAAGUAAUUGUGAUGCAUUAUGCAAGAGAAUCGCGGAAGAGGGCCCUGAAUCAUUACAAUCAUCCAUCAAGCCAUUUGCUACGCUUAGCAACAGUUCGUUUUCCAAGCCAUUUGCUUCUUCUAGCAAAAUUUUAGAACCUAACCAACAAUAUUCUUCAUCUUUGCAGCAAAUUACUAACACAAGCUCAUCAACUGACUGAAUUGAAACCAUGUAAGCUUUACUCAAUUAUUUAUUAUUUGUUUUUGCGCUACUA